UUAAUCUAAAAAAAGGAACCAAAUGAACAGAGUCUGUCAUGUUUAUCUCAUGCUCGCUGAUUCCUAAUCUCGAGCGAUAUUCAUUUCAAUAUCUUCCCAUGUUUCACAUCUUAAAUCCACAUUUAAUCUUAAUCUUCACCUAAAACCAAUUAAAUCAAUUCUAAACUAAAAUCGAUCAAUUUGUUAAAACUUUGAUUGAUUAUCUUAAAUAAAGUCCAGCAAUCGGUCUAAUAAAAUAACAUCAACAAAAUCGCAUCGGUUUAAUAUCAACAGUGAAUGAGAAUCAAAAACAUUAACAAUAACUGAUUAAUUAUCGUGCUAAUUGUUGAGGUUUUUUCUUUGAUUGUUUGAAAAUUUUCAAUUUCUAUCAACACAUAAGAUGUGAUCGACAUGAUUUACCUGGAGAAUUAACUUAGACAGACAACAAUUUAGAGCAAAGAUCCUCCUACGCAUAAAUAUCGACCUUUACUAUUUCCUUUUCCUUUUACUACUUUUCUCUCUCUCUCUCUCUUUCUCAAACUACUUUCUUUUUGUUCCUAUCUCGAACUUUUUAUCUUCUCCCUUUUCAUCUUUAUCCAUGAUUUAUUCAUCAUUAUCUUUACUACUAUUACUAUUAUUGUAACAUGAUGAUAAUUGAUGAGGAGUCCGAAAAUGGGAACAAAAUGGCAACCGAUGCCUUCCUAACUUCUGAGGACGGCAUUUGCUGCCGGAUUAAAUCAACGAUGAACAAUGCCAAUCCCUUUAAACCGUCCGUUCCUCAAGUAAACAACAAAGUAACUGAAUUGGUUGGCCUUAAACGGAGAGUUGGCCUGCUCUCUGGUACAGCUUUGAUCGUUGGCACUAUGAUAGGUUCAGGUAUUUUUGUCUCACCCAAAGGUGUACUCCAAAGAUCUGGUUCAAUAGGGUUAAGUUUAAUUGUUUGGACAAGUUGUGGGAUAGUUUCGUUGCUUGGUGCUUUAUGUUAUGCUGAACUUGGAACUUUAAUUACUAAAUCAGGAGCUGAAUAUUCAUAUAUUUUGGAAGCUUUCGGUGGUCUUCCAGCAUUUCUUUUCUCAUGGGUCUCUGUGUUCAUCUUAAAACCCGCCAUGUUGGCGAUUAUAUGUCUUACAUUAAGUGAAUAUGUUGUAUCACCUUUUUACCUUGGAUGUGAACCCGAUCUCUUUAUAAUUAAGUUAAUCACAAUUCUGGCCAUUGUAACCAUUACUUAUCUAAAUUGUCAUAGUGUCUCACUUGCAACUGGAACUCAAAAUGUUUUCACCGCCGCUAAAUUAAUUGCAAUCAUUAUAAUUGUGAUCGGCGGAUUGAUUGUGAUAUUCAAUGGAGAGACUCAAUAUAUUACUAAAGGAUUUGAAGGAUCUCAUUUUUCAUUCUCAGAUAUUGCCACCGCUUUUUACAGUGGCCUUUGGGCCUACGAUGGUUGGAAUAAUCUCAAUUAUAUAACAGAGGAACUGAUCAAUCCUUACAGGAAUCUUCCAUUAGCAAUUAUUUAUGGUAUUCCAAUGGUUACAUUGUGCUAUGUUAUGGUUAACGUUUCCUACAUGACGGUUAUGUCAACUAAUGAGAUACUUUCGUCCAAAGCAGUUGCUGUUAAUUGGGGAGCUCGAGUUCUUGGCUCAGCUUCAGUUAUCAUGCCGAUUGCCGUUGCUGUUUCAUCCUUUGGUGCUGGAAAUGGUUCAUGUUUUACCAGUGGAAGAUUAUCGUUUGCCGCUGCCAGAGAAGGUCAUUUGGUUGACGUUUUGUCUUUCGUUGAUUUUCACCGUUUCACACCUUCACCGGCAUUAAUUUUCAAUGCAUUUCUUUCUAUCUGCUAUGUUAUCCCAGGAAACAUCGAGAGUUUAAUAGAUUUUUUCAGUUUCACCGCUUGGCUAUUUUACGGCUUAACGAUGUUAUCACUUGUUGUACUUCGUUACAAGAGUCCAUAUAAAGAUUAUAAUCGUCCCUAUAAGGUUCACUUAAGUAUACCCAUUGGAGUAUCAUUUAUAUCUUUCUACCUCGUGAUCGCUCCGAUUCUUGAAAAUCCUCAGAUUGAAUAUCUUUACGCCACCAUGUAUAUUGUUGGAGGAGCUUUUGUUUACAUACCAUUUGUUUAUUAUAAGAUGAGAUUUAAAUCAAUUGAUCAUAUCACCAUUUUUUGCCAAAAACUGUUGCAUGUUGUUCCUAGUGAUGAAGAACCAUUAUUGUAAUUGCAACAUUGUUGAUCAGUUAAUUGUCGAAAGAUUUGCUAUCAUAAUUGGUUGAUCAUUGUUGAUAAUUGUCGUUCGUACAUUGAUCACAUCGGAUGGUGAUAAUACAAAUGCAAUCAAAGGAUAAACUUGACAAUUAUUAUAAAAAAAAGUUCAAUUGUUUGCGAAUUAAUCAAAUUAUUAAUAUAUAAGAAAAAAAGUACGAAAAAUUAACUUUAAUUUAUCUACUGAUGACAAUUAAAACGAAAUGAAACAUAUUUACAAUUCAGACCAAAGAAAUUACUUUAAAUUGUAAUUGAAUUUUGUGUUUGACGAAAUCUAUGACAAUUUAAAUUUAAUUAUAAUAAUUAAGCAGCUCAAUUGCAAUAAAAUGAACGAAAUGAGAAUCGAAA